AUGGCAGGCGGCACCAUAGAGACAACUUACAAAUCCAAGGUCACCGGUUACAUUCUAGGAUGUUGGAUUCUCGCUGCAUUUGGUGGCAUGAUGUUUGGUUACGACAUUGGAAUUUCAGGCGGAGUGACAUCUAUGGAUGAUUUCUUAAUAAAGUUCUUCCCUCGUGUACAUGAAAAGAAACAACACGUGUUGGAAGACAAUUACUGUAAGUACGACGAUGAACUACUUCAACUCUUCACAUCAUCCCUCUACUUGGCGGCUCUCGUCGCAAGUUUCUUUGCCUCCAAAAUCUGCACGAUCUGUGGCCGGAAACCCACCAUUCUUUUCGCCUCCGGUUUCUUCAUUGUCAGUUCCCUCAUCAGUUGCUUCGGCUCUGAACUUUGGAUGCUCAUCUUCGCCAGAAUCCUCUUCGGUAUCGGCGUUGGUUUCGGCAACGAGGCGGUACCAUUGUUUCUAUCCGAGGUAGCUCCGGUUCAACACAGGGGAGCGGUUAACAUUCUGUUUCAGCUCUUUGUAACAAUCGGAAUCCUAAUUGCCAAUCUAGUAAACUACGUCACCGCGACAAUCCACCCCAACGGGUGGCGAGUGUCGCUCGGUUUAGCCGGAGUUCCAGCUCUCAUCCUCUUCUUCGGAUCCUUAAUCAUAACAGAGACACCAACCAGUUUGUUGGAACGAGGAAAGGACGAGGAAGGAAAGAAAGCUUUGAAGAAAAUCCGUGGAGUUGACGAUGUAGAUGAAGAAUUUGAACAGAUUAAGGAAGCUUGUGAUCACGCAAAACUCAUCAAGAAACCGUUCAAGAAGUUGAUGCAAAGAUCCAGCAUGCCGCCUAUGAUCAUUGGAAUCCUCAUGCAAUUCUUCCAACAGAUAACCGGUAUCAACGCCAUUAUGUUCUACGCCCCGGUUUUGUUCCAAACUGUCGGUUUCAAGAGCGAUGCAUCGUUGCUUUCCGCCGUCGUUACUGGUCUAGUAAACGUACUCAGCACUUUCGUUUCGAUUUACGCCGUCGACAAGGUCGGCCGUCGCAAGUUACUCCUUCAAGCUUGUGUUCAAAUGUUUAUUUGUCAGAUGGCAAUUGGAGUUAUCCUUUCACUUAACUUGAAGAAAACAGGGACAAUUUCAGGAGGACUAGGUUUGUUGGUCCUAGUCCUAGUUUGUCUUUACGUGAUGUCGUUCGCAUGGUCAUGGGGUCCUCUCGGGUGGUUAAUCCCGAGCGAGACAUUCCCACUCGAGACAAGAACAGCUGGUUUCGCAUUUGCCGUCGGAGCCAACAUGCUAUUCACCUUCCUAGUAGCACAAGCCUUCCUUUCAAUGCUUUGUCACAUGGGAGCAAACAUUUUCUUCUUUUUCUCGUUUUGGAUCGUGGUUAUGGGAGUAUUUGUCCUUUUCUUGUUGCCCGAGACAAAGGGAGUCCCGAUCGAUGCCAUCACCGAUAGGGUAUGGAAGGUUCACCCCGUAUGGAAGAAGUUUAUGGAUGACGAUGAUCGUAGGGACAUGCAAAUGGUGUGAUCAACCCUAGUUCAAAUUCAUCGCGGAAGGGGGACAUGGCGUGCAUAGAAAUAAUGGGCUUCCGUCCGCUUGGACGAUUUCAUCAAUCGCGAAAUAAGUCAUGAUUGUGGCCAAUUCGUCGCAUACAAUUCAUUCAUUAUUUCUGCAUCAUUUUCUUUAUUUACUUUUCAUUGUGUGUCACCCCUUUCUCGAAUAUUUUUUUUGAAUGAUAUAUGAUUUUACUUGAAAAGUCUACUUUUAUUAUCUUGUUACUUUAGAAAUUAAGAACAAGAUCCCAAUUAAUGACUCAAAAAUAUUCAAUAUAAAUGAAAUUCAACUUAUUACACACA